AUGAGUCCUGCAAGUGCCCUCAAUGUCUCUAUCUUAAAUCAGUCCAGUGGAAAUUCAGUUAAUUGUUCUACUCCUGUUGUGUGCACUUCUACUGCCAUGUACACGGUUAGUCCUGUGGCCACCACACAUCCAGCCACCAUGCACAAUAUGAAUAAAAUCUCCGCCCCACCACACUCUGUUAUCCCCGGACAAAUCCAGUCACAUCAUGUCACGCCAUCCGUUUUGCUCUCAAGCAUCCAAACUAAUGGUGAAAAUCACGGCACUCCAAUGAUGAAUCACUAUCGAACAGGAAGCGAUGAAAUGGAUGUCGAUCGGGUACAUCUCCCCGAAGUCAAUCGAACAUCUCCCGUCCCCGUUCGGCAGAUCCCUCCGGAACAAAUCACUGUUUUGCGGGGCCAUGAUUCAGAAGUUUUUAUUUGCGCAUGA